AGAACCGGUAGCUCCUGGGACCUCUUCGACACAAACCCUACUAACAGUCACAGCCUCCCUCCUCACCCAAGCGGCCUUAACCCGCUGCCUGGGAGGAGUGCGCCCCCUCCCUAACUCCCACUCUCAAGGGGGUUUAACUGCCAGUUUCCCCUUCCACUACCCUAAAACCCGCCAUAAUGCUCCAUUUCUAGGGUCAAGCAAGAGAAAGGACACAUUCGAUUUAAACGAGCGACGUCUUGCCCAGCAAAGACACCUGAGAGUCAACGUCGACUCCCCCCUCCCGAAGGAUAAAGAUGAGAAGCCCCCACCGCCUUGAAUCACAGUCCCCUCACCCUGCAAACCCCACGAACUCCCACGGAGACGACAAGCACUGACCUGUGAUGUUCACACACCAGACACCCGAACCCCGUUAUUUGCUCGACCCCCAAGGAGUCUCUUCACACCUCCGCGAUCAGACGAACCCCCGACAGCAGCCACUGCGGACACAGGACCCGGCUCCACACACCCCCUCCCCAAACAGCAGCGCGCAGCCUCUUCGCCAGGAGCCAAGGAGUAGGGGAGGGGGCACCCAGGCAGUCAACAGGAACGCAGAGGCGACGGCGAGGCUGCUCGGUGUGUCUGUGCCCCCUCUGUUGCCGCUCCCGAACUCAGGCACCGUCUCCGACUCGGCCCCCUGCGCCCGCUCAGUGUCACUGCUUCUCGCUCUGGGAAAAUGGCGGCGACGGCGGCGGCCGCGGCGGCGGCGGCGGCGGCGGCGGCGGCGGCAAGUGCACGGGGCCCGCCCGCCCCGCUCCGCAGGGGCAGGGGGGAGGGGACGAAGCUGUCCGCCGCCAUUUUGCUUGUGGGCUGCCGCCCGACCGUUGCCUCUCAACAGAGGCGCGAAGGUAACUGAAGAUAGUAGGAUGGAUAGAGUCUCAGUCUUUUUAACAACAGAUGCAUUCAACAGUUCACCAAAGGUUUGGGGGAAAAUUUCAACAUCUGAUGGAAUCGGUUCUUUACCCGUUUUCCCUGAGUAGCCCUCAUGUCUCGUUAACAAGUGAGCUUGGGCAUGCCACUAGGUGGAAGGAUGAUGACCGUAAGGCCUGGAUAGGUCCCCACCCCACACCCCGUCUCACAGUGCCCUCCUAAAGCAAUGCAUUUUCUUCCAUCCGCAAAACAACCUCAGCCCCAGCCUCCCCCUCCCCCGCCCCAGUCUGGCCUCCAGCGCAGGGUGAACCCGGCUGGGGUGUCACUCGACGCCCACUAGGGGACGAGGAACUUCCAGUGCGCAGGCUCCGGGCACCGGAUAAAAGCGGAGCUGGCGGGUACAGAGCCGUCUUGAUGGAGGAGCGAAACUGAAGAGGUCGGGGGGAGAAGCACCAGAAAACAUGCAGCCACCGCCAGCGCCGCCUCCCUGCCACCGUGUAUCGGGGCUGGAAGAGACUUCUCAGCAUCCCGGUGGCACCUGACUGUAUAUGGUGCAGCAGCAACACCAACUGGCAACACAAGCUUCCUCCAGAAGGCCCCACCCACAGCCUGUUCCUACUCAACUGGCAGAACAAACACAUCUGCAUUCCCAGACCAUGUGACUCUAAAGGACUUAGAGUUUAUUCAAUGACAUGCACAUAGGCUUGUAGGCAGAGCAGUUUACACACCAAUACCUUGGCUAUUUGUGCUAAUGGGGUGGGGGUGAAGUGAGGGCCUUGGGUAUAAUCCUCAGACUAUUUGCACUGGAGGGGCUUUAUCUGACUCUGGAAAUUGUGAGAUCAACAACUGAUAAUUUAGCCGGGUUGGGUUAGCACAUGCCAGUAAUUCCAGCUGCUAGGAAGGCUGAGGCGGGAGGAUCACAAUUUCGAGGCCAGCCUGACAACUUAGAGAUCUGCCUCAGAACAAAAAAUAAAAAGGGCUGUGAAUGUAGCUCAAGAGUAUCUCUUGAUUUAAUCCUCAGUACCAAAAGACAAAUAAAUAAGCAAAAACCUUAGGAGACAAAUUAUUAUAUAACUUAGGAGACAAUUAUUUGGAAGGCUGUGACAGGAAGAUUGAAAGUCUGAGACCAGCCUAGGCAAAAGUGGUAAUUUGAAUCUUGCAGUGUAGGUCAGUGGUAGAGUGCCUGCCUAGCAUGCCCUAGGCUGGGUUUGAUUUCCAAGCAAUUCUUGCACUUGUAUGCAUGUUUACAUUUGUGUGCCUAUGUACCUCUUUCCAAGGGGAGGGACCCUAAUUAUUACCAAAUUUUCAAAGAGGAGAGUGACCCCUAAAGGUUAAGAAUUGUUACUUUGGAAUUUAUUCAGAUAAUGGUCUGUUAAUUUAAUAUUAACUUUAGCUGAUUUUCAAUUAGUCUACCUUUCCUAGGAGAUUUCUGCUCAAGUGGCUUGGGAUUUGAUUAGGUUGUGGGAAAAUGUUAAGUAGAAUGACAAAUGUGUUACUAAUUAACCAGAGAAGUUUAAUACAGCAGUUAAGAGCUCAGCAUCUGGAGCAAGACUUCUGGGGUUCAAGGCCCAGCUUUGCUGUUCACUAGCUGCAUGAUCUUGGGCAAGUUCUUUAAGCUCUCCGAACUUUGGUUUCCUCCUCUGUAGACUGGGUAUGAUAAGUAGAGCACUACUUUAUAGUGUUGUAAGGAUGAGAUGUGCCAAUAAGCAUAAAGCUUUGUCAGGUGCAGUGGUGCUCAACUGUAAUCCCAGCUACUCAGGAGGCUAAAGCAGGAGGAUCCCAAGUGGGAGGCCAGCAUGAGUGAUAUAGCAAGACCCUGUCUUAAAAUAAAAAAUAAAAUUAAAGGAGAGCUGGGGAUAUAGCUCAGAGGUACAGUUCUCAUGGGUACAAUAACCAGUAGUACUUAAAAACAAACCAAAAACCAUAAAGUUUUCAAGGGAACAUCCUCUGGCCACUGAGGACUAGUCUGUAGUUCCUACUGCCACUGAGGGGGUAGGGGCAACCACUGAGUGGUCUUAAACUAUUCUUUUAUAGACAGUUAAACAAAAUGGAAAUAAGUUUGACGGAAAAAAAAAAAAAACCACCAGUUUCUAAAAGAACAAAAGUCUUUAGCACUAUAUAAAGUGAGUCAUUAUUAUUUGUUCUAUAACUUUCCUACUUAAGAGGGAGGACUUGUUAUUGAUAACAGUACCUUUGAGACAGAAAGAUGUCAGGGUUGUCCUUAUAAUUUCCCAGAAUAUCGGAAUAGUCUGGGUUCUCCCACUUCAAUCACUCCCCAGUUUCCUUUUUUUUUUUUUUUUUUUUUGAGGUGGUGGUCUGGUUGUUUCCCAAGCUGGUCUUGAGUU